AUGACUAAUGGAAGAGACCGGGUAGUUGCCCUAGUGGACAUGGACUGUUUUUUCGUUCAAGUGGAACAGCGGCAAAAUCCUCAUUUGAGGAAUAAACCUUGUGCAGUUGUACAGUACACAUCAUGGAAGGGUGGUGGAAUAGUUGCAGUAAGUUAUGAAGCUCGUGCAUUUGGGGUCACUAGAAACAUGUGGGCAGAUGAUGCUAAGAAGUUAUGUCCAGAUCUUCUACUGGUACAAGUUCGUGAGCUCCAUGGAAAAGCUAACCUUGCCAAGUACCGGGAAGCCAGUAUGGAAGUGAUGGAGGUAAUGUCUCGUUUUGCUGUAAUGGAACGUGGCAGCAUUGAUGAGGCUUAUCUAGACCUGACCAGUGCUGUGCAAGAGAGACUACAAAAGCUCCAAAAUCAGCCUAUCUCAGCAGACUUGUUGCCAACCACCUGCAUUGAAGGGUUUCCCCAGGGGCCUACACCAGCAGAAGGGACUGUUGAGAAAGAGGAAAGGCGAAAACAAGGCUUAUUGCAGUGGCUUGAUUCUCUUCAGACUGAAAGCACCAGCUCCCCAGACCUACAGCUCACUAUGGGAGCAGUGAUUGUGGAAGAAAUGCGAGCAGCCAUUGAGAGGCAGACCAGUUUGCAGUGUUCUGCUGGGAUUUCACACAAUAAGGUUCUGGCAAAAUUGGCCUGUGGAUUAAACAAGCCCAACCGGCAGACCCUGAUCUCUCAUGGGUCAGUCCCACAACUCUUCAACCAAAUGCCUAUUGGCAAAAUCCGUAAGCUUGGAGGAAAACUAGGGGCCUCUGUCAUUGAAAUCCUGGGGAUAGAAUACAUGGGAGAGCUGACCCAGUUCUCUGAAUCCCAGCUCCAGAGUCAUUUUGGGGAGAGGAAUGGAUCUUGGCUAUAUGCCAUGUGCCGGGGGAUUGAACAUGAUCCAGUUAAACCCAGGCCAAUAACCAAAACCAUUGGCUGCGGCAAGAACUUCCCAGGAAAAACAGCUCUGUCUACUCGGGAUCAGGUACAAUGGUGGCUUUUGCAAUUAGCCCAGGAACUAGAGGAGAGACUAACCAAGGACCGAAAUGCUAACUACAGGGUGGCCACUCAGCUGGUCGUGAGCAUGCGCAUACAAGGAGACAGGCGUCUCAGCAGCUUGCGACGCUGCUGUGCCCUCACCCACUAUGAUGCUCACAAGAUGAGCCAUGAUGCAUUUGCUACCAUCAGGAACUGUAACACUUCAGGAACCCAGACUGAAUGGUCCCCUCCCCUUAUAAUGCUUUUCCUCUGUGCUGCCAAAUUCUGUUCCUCUACCCCUUCACCUGGUCCAGACAUCACCAUCUUCUUGAGCAGUGACCCAAGUUCUCUGCCAAAAGUGCCAAUCACCAGUUCAGAAGCCAAGACCCAGGGAAGUGGCCCAGCGGUGACAACGCCCAAGAAAGCAACCACUUCUCUGGAAUCAUUCUUCCAGAAAGCUGCAGAAAAGCAGAAAGUCAAAGAAGCUUCACUUUCUUCUCCUACUGCCACUAUACAGGCCCCCAUGAGCAAUUCACCAUCCAAGCCCUCAUUACCUUUUCAAAGCGGUCAUACUACAGGAACCGAGCUCUUCUUUAACCAGAAAAGUCUGCUUCUAAAGCAGAAGCAACUCUCUAAUCCUUCAGUUUUCUUCCCUCCACAGAAGCCACAUUCUAGUCCUAAAGAGUUACCAAACUAUUUUCCAACAGAGAAUCCAGAUUGUGCCCCUAACUGUGAAAAGAUGUUGAAGCUAGGAUCCCCCAAGACAACUCCCACAGAGAUGGAUUUGGCCCAGAACAGCCUCAGUAGCCAUGCUUCUUUAACUUCUACAUCUGCUCUGGAGGUGGCUCAGAAGGCAACUAUGACCUCCAGUCUUCUGGCUGCUGAGGACCAAGUGCCCUGCGAGAAGUGUGGUUCUCUGGUACCUGUGUGGGACAUGCCAGAACACUCGGACUAUCACUUUGCAUUGGAGUUACAGAACUCCUUUUUGCAGCCCCACUCCUCAAACCCGCAGGUUGUUCCUGCCAGUUCUCCUCAAAGCAAAAGAAAUCCCAAAAGCCCUCUGGCCUCCAAUAAUAAACGGUCCAGGCCUGAGGGCAUGCAGACCCUGGAAUCAUUUUUUAAGCCAUUAACACACUAG